AUGGGUGACAAACGAACAAGUCCUAGGGCGAGUCCAAAGGGGAGCCCAAAGGGGAGUCCGCGAAUAGAGAAGCAGGAUGAUGUCAAUGAUCCAGAACAAACACAACAAGAAGAACCCCUCCCUCAAAGCCAAGGCCUCCUCCACGGAAACGCCCUAAUCGAAGCGGGCGGCAGCGACGAAGACGGUGAAUUCUCAGCCAGCGACUUUGACGCCGACUCGAUAGCCGGAAACUCCGACUCUACAUCGAUCGGCUCAAGCAUCUACGAGCACAGCUUUCAAAACGGGCGUCGGUAUCAUCGUUAUCGCCAUGGGAGGUAUCCUCUGCCGAAUGAUGAGGCAGAGCAGAAUAGGGAGGAUAUGCUGCAUGCCAUGAUGUUGGAGGCUACGGAUGGGAGGUUGUGUUAUGCUCCUAUUGGGAAGAAUCCGCAAAAUAUUGCUGGGACUGGGAUAUGGGCUAUUGAGAUGGGAGACAAAUAUCCGAGUGCAGAGGUGCUAGGUCUCGAUCUUAGCCCUAUUCAGCCUUGCUGGGUACCUCCAAACGUCAAGUCAUGGUACAAUGAGUAUGAGUGGCUCAACGGUGGCGACUUUGACUUUGUCCACCUCCGCAACAUGAUCACCAUCCUCAAGUCACCAGUGCUUCUCCUCAAGCAAGCAUACGCGUGCGUAUCCCGUCCCAACUCCGACUUCCUGAUCCUUCUUCUAACUUUUAUCAGAAACAUGAAGCCUGGAGCUUGGGUGGAACUUCAAGACGUCGAUGGCCAAGUACACACUGACGACGACACCAUUCCCGAGGACUGGCCCCUUAACGCUUCACAGAGUACCUCGUCCAAGCCUUUGCCCAGUUCGAAACCAAUGCACAUGCCGCUCGCUGUAUUUGGAGGCCAGUAUCUCGCCGAGGCAGGGUUCGUCAACAUUCAACACAACUACAUCAAACUUCCUUACGGAACAUGGCCAAAAGACAAGUGA